AUAAGAUUUAUUAAUAACCAUGAAUAAUCAAACUGUAAAACUCCUGACUGAGAUCACUGAUCUGAGCAAAAUUAACUACGAUGAAACCUAUUUGUAUCCAGGAAAUAUCUUUGCUAACUGAGCAGCUCAUAGCCUCCAACAAAAGGAUAAUAAAGAGAAUCUUAUUGAGCUCUCCUCAAAUAUUUCAGAAGAAGGCCUUAGUAAUGAAAACUUUCAAGAGAAGCAAACAUCUUCUUCAGAAAGUCUUAUGUUGACCAGAGAAGAAGCUCCAGCCAAGCGUGGAGAAAUAUUCCAAAUCAAAAAGGACUCAAAGAGAGUAAUGAAGCUUAACAUAUUAAAUUCAUAUUCAGAGGAUAAAGGAGCAAAGGCUAUUACUAAAUCAUCCUCUCUCAUAUCCACUGGUGUUCGCAAAGAUGUAGAGUAUAAGACUGCUCUCAGACUACUGAAAAGAUUUUUCAAAAACUCUUACAAAAGCCAAAACAGAGAUAUCAGCGAUAAGAUGCACAGAAAGCUCCCUAUUGAAGAUAUUUACGCAAGAAUGAAGGUGCUCCUUUCUUCUUUUGUUCCUCAAGAGUUCCUGACAGAAGACUUAAUCUAUUAUACAAUUGGAAUUACUAGCAUCAAGAAUUUUACCAGCAGUUCAUGACAAAAGACAAUUAAGAAUGAAGUUACUGCUUUCCAAACCUGAGUACAAGCUUUUUCAAGAAAGAAAUUCAAAAAUGCGCUUGCCUCUGAUAGCUUGGUUACUUUGUGCUGCUACAUUGCGCAGAAAUUGGAAGACCCAAGGAUAAGAGUCCUCAGAGAUGAAGUGUUGGCUAUCAUGAAUUAGUUGGAUUUGCUUACGAAAGCUCACUCCAUACAUCUAAACAUUAACUUGUUCCCUUAAAAGUUUAUUC